AUGAAGUUCCCAAAGAGGAAGAAGCGCGGCCCGAUAUCUGCACAUACUGCGGCAACCACCCCGAUCGGACUAUCACCAGCCCUCUCUACCGUUCGAAGCAUCGUGGAACAUAUGACGCCCGUUAGUGACACCACAAAGCCCAAGCUGAGGCGCAAGCGCAAGAUCGAGAACCUGCAUCUAGAGAGCGUCAUUGAUGCGGAGCUUACCCAAAUCGAUCGCGUAACCGGACAUGUGGUCGCGAUCCCGCUCGGGCGAGCGCGAGCUCUAUCCGCUCCUGUGAUCAUCAUCACCCCGCCGUCGCCGGAGAAGGAUGACCCUCUUGACAAGGCUGGUUGCAAGCUUGCCAGGACCGACACGAUGGACACGCCGCCUAGGUCGCUUUCUCUCGGAGAUCUGAGCUUGAUCGCAACUGCAGCUGGUCGCGCUCUACUCAGCGUCAUCCCAUACUGGUGGACGCCUGCGGUAGAAGCCCAGGAGCCAUCUGAACAGAAUGGCGGUCUCGUCGAGCAAGACCUCGCCGAAGAGUUUACCCUCAUCUGA